AUGCACACAUGGAAAACGCUGCUCAUGGACUCAGAAAGGAAUGGGGUGUCUUAUGACGCCAUGAUGUGCAACGCUUAUUUGUCUCUGAAGCUCGUAAGGCUGACAAUUGAGUGGGCCUUCGUGUCUUUGGGCACCGAGGGAAAUGUUUGGAAUCGUCGCGAAGUCGUAUCGAGUACGGUAGUGAAUUCAUAUCGUUACCCGUUUAUUGUGCGGAAUACUGAAGCAUGUCUUACACUCGAUACCAAGACAAUUGGUACGGCGAGCAACGGUUUUGGCAACCUCAUCGUCCUCGAUUUCAACGCUUCCGUGGACACAAUGCUGCGAAUUUCUAUAGUCCUCCUCGUGGUUUCCGACCUCGCUUCCCGGGACCGAGCUAUUAUCACGAUGAAUCCUGUUAUAAUUAUGGAGAACGUCAUUGGUGGCAGCCUAGGCUGGGGAUCCAGGGAAGUCGAAGUGCCGGUGAGAUCGGGCAAAAUGUCGAGUUUGCCCGAAUGUGUGUUACAACCGCCGCCUCCCCCACCACCACCUCCGCCACCGCCAUCAAAGUCUGUGUCUGUGAAACCACCUUUGCCACCAUUACCUCCUCCUCCUCCGCCGCCGCCUCCGCCGCCACCUGUGGUCACGGGGGUUGUGAAUCAGAGGCCUUUAGCGCAUGUGGUGUCUCCUUCGGUCAAUCCGCCGCCAAACUCUGUUCCGGUUAGCGUGAACCAGUCGAACACCGUGGAAAUCGAAGUGGAUACGAAUCAAAUGCCUCCGUUCGAUGUCCCUCCACCGAUGAUCGCUCAGGUCAAGCCUUCCUACCCACCUGCGGUGAUAACAAUGCCGACUUUGAUUCCAGCUCACACGUUGUCAGCACCGCGCCAGGAAUCUAACGUUAUUUUCAUUAAGCCGCAAUAUUUCGAAAAACUGCGAGCCCAGGGAUACGUUCUUGGGAAAGGCAAUCAGCAGGAACAAUUGCUUACGGAUCGUAAUGCGUUGGCGUCUUUAUUUGGGGAAGCGAUGACUAAGGCUCGUGCGAGCAAAAAGCUUCGAUGUCGCAAACGUUAUCAUUCGGAGUCGUACGAUUCUUCUGACGGUGACGAACCAGAGGAUAGACGUUUCAAGCGCCGGAAAUCUAUUCGUUCGUAUCGUGCUAUGCAAAUGAGGAUUUUUGGGUUUUUGGAAAGAUUGCGAAGGCGGUUGGGGAGUCCUUCACUUGACGAUUCUUCGGAAACCGAUGACUGGAGCAAUACGGAGAAUGAGGAUGAUGGUGAUGACCAUGAAGCGGAUAUUGCGAAAAAGAUUCAUGAGCUGGCGGGUGAGUCGAAGGGCUGCAUGAACGCCGCGGAAGAGUUGAUCGAAGCCGUGGAAACUGGCUCUAGUGCCGAUGAUGCUUGGAAAAAGUUUCUCUUGUCGCUCAACUCAAAGGUCCAGAGCCAGAAGAGCGCAAAAUUGAUGAAGGAAUCUGAUGGAAAAUCCGCGGAGAGCACGAGCAGUUCGGGCAGCGCGUCGAAGGUCAUGGAAUUCGACUUUGCCGGCGAGUUUCUCAGAAAUACUGUAUUCAGUGUCGCACCUAUUCGAGCGCUCUUUCAAGUACCGUGUGCCAGAACAGCAUGUGUCCAGGUGAAGAUGGAGCGCGAAAGCGAACCAGAAGUGGGCGAUGACUACAGUCUUUUGACCAGGUUGUGGAUGGAGGAAGGCGAGAAAGUUACGGACGGAAAAAAGUAGUAAUCUUUGUAUGAGAGAAAUUAUGACCGCAAAGCUGACAGGCAUCUUUGCAAACUAUUCAUUUUUGAAUUAACGUUUCUGGGGUUGCAUUUGUCUGUUCCCAAUUGAAGUUCUAGAUUCUUGACUGACAAUCUUGUGUAAAUUAAGCGCUUGGUUUUCUCUGUUAAUUCUCUCUUGAGUUUUAAGGAUUCGCCUAAAUUCUCGCGAUUUUAGAGCGUUUUCGGAGUCUUUGUAUACUGGAAUCAGCGAUGAAAGACAGUUGUGGAAAACUGGAGGAAAUUUUGUGAUUUGAAAUUCGGAGUGAUGAACCGUAGGGGCCUGUGAUAAUUUGUCGAUCAGCUGCGCAAUUGUGGAGCUUUCCACCGCAUCCGUGAUUCAUUCUAAUCACCUUUACUCUCAUUGAGAUUUGGUUUCCGUAUGUCAUGGAGAGCAUUAGAGAAGAUCGUGUUCGAAUUGAAAAUCAGAGCUUUGAAAUUUUUCGGUCUCGGGUGGGAAAUUGUUCGGCCUGUGAUGUUUAUCGUACGAAAUUGUUCUUAUUCACCCGCAUUUCGGAUUCCUAAAUGAAGGAACGAAGUUGUUGAUCCUAA